AUGCCUCACAUCCCGCUGACACCUCGAGAGGCACGCGGAGUUCAUUGCUUCAAAAGGCUCAAGACGUAUGCCAACUUCCCAGAAGCACCUCAGGAGGAGGCUUCUCUCAGCAAUAGGCUCAAGACGUAUGCCAACUUCCCAGAAGCACCUCAGGAGGAGGCUUCUCUCAGCAAUAGGCUCAAGACGUAUGCCAACUUCCCAGAAGCACCUCAGGAGGAGGCUUCUCUCAGCAAUAGGCUCAAGACGUAUUCCAACUUCCCAGAAGCAACUCAGGAGGAGGCUUCUCUCAGCAAUAGGCUCAAGACGUAUGCCAACUUCCCAGAAGCACCUCAGGAGGAUGCUUCUCUCAGCAAUAGGCUCAAGACGUAUGCCAACUUCCCAGAAGCACCACAGGAGGAGGCUUCUCUCAGCAAUAGGCUCAAGACGUAUGCCAACUUCCCAGAAGCACCUCAGGAGGAGGCUUCUCACAGCAAUAGGCUCAAGACGUAUGCCAACUUCCCAGAAGCACCUCAGGAGGAGGCUUCUCUCAGCAAUAGGCUCAAGACGUAUGCCAACUUCCCAGAAGCACCUCAGGAGGAGGCUUCUCUCAGCAAUAGGCUCAAGACGUAUGCCAACUUCCCAGAAGCACCUCAGGAGGAGGCUUCUCUCAGCAAUAGGCUCAAGACGUAUGCCAACUUCCCAGAAGCACCUCAGGAGGAGGCUUCUCUCAGCAAUAGACUCAAGACGUAUGCCAACUUCCCAGAAGCACCUCAGGAGGAGGCUUCUCUCAGCAAUAGGCUCAAGACGUAUGCCAACUUCCCAGAAGCACCUCAGGAGGAUGCUUCUCUCAGCAAUAGGCUCAAGACGUAUGCCAACUUCCCAGAAGCACCUCAGGAGGAGGCUUCUCUCAGCAAUAGGCUCAAGACGUAUGCCAACUUCCCAGAAGCACCUCAGGAGGAGGCUUCUCUCAGCAAUAGACUCAAGACGUAUGCCAACUUCCCAGAAGCACCUCAGGAGGAGGCUUCUCUCAGCAAUAGACUCAAGACGUAUGCCAACUUCCCAGAAGCACCUCAGGAGGAGGCUUCUCUCAGCAAUAGGCUCAAGACGUAUGCCAACUUCCCAGAAGCACCUCAGGAGGAGGCUUCUCUCAGCAAUAGGCUCAAGACGUAUGCCAACUUCCCAGAAGCACCUCAGGAGGAGGCUUCUCUCAGCAAUAGGCUCAAGACGUAUGCCAACUUCCCAGAAGCACCUCAGGAGGAGGCUUCUCUCAGCAAUAGACUCAAGACGUAUGCCAACUUCCCAGAAGCACCUCAGGAGGAGGCUUCUCUCAGCAAUAGGCUCAAGACGUAUGCCAACUUCCCAGAAGCACCUCAGGAGGAGGCUUCUCUCAGCAAUAGACUCAAGACGUAUGCCAACUUCCCAGAAGCACCUCAGGAGGAGGCUUCUCUCAGCAAUAGGCUCAAGACGUAUGCCAACUUCCCAGAAGCACCUCAGGAGGAGGCUUCUCUCAGCAAUAGGCUCAAGACGUAUGCCAACUUCCCAGAAGCACCUCAGGAGGAGGCUUCUCUCAGCAAUAGGCUCAAGUCGAAUGCCAACUUCCCAGAAGCACCUCAGGAGGAGGCUUCUCUCAGCAAUAGGCUCAAGACGUAUGCCAAAAUCCCAGAAGCACCUCAGGAGGAGGCUUCUCUCAGCAAUAGACUCAAGACGUAUGCCAACUUCCCAGAAGCACCUCAGGAGGAGGCUUCUCUCAGCAAUAGGCUCAAGACGUAUGCCAACUUCCCAGAAGCACCUCAGGAGGAGGCUUCUCUCAGCAAUAGGCUCAAGACGUAUGCCAACUUCCCAGAAGCACCUCAGGAGGAGGCUUCUCUCAGCAAUAGGCUCAAGUCGAAUGCCAACUUCCCAGAAGCACCUCAGGAGGAGGCUUCUCUCAGCAAUAGGCUCAAGACGUAUGCCAAAAUCCCAGAAGCACCUCAGGAGGAGGCUUCUCUCAGCAAUAGACUCAAGACGUAUGCCAACUUCCCAGAAGCACCUCAGGAGGAGGCUUCUCUCAGCAAUAGGCUCAAGACGUAUGCCAACUUCCCAGAAGCACCUCAGGAGGAGGCUUCUCUCAGCAAUAGGCUCAAGACGUAUGCCAACUUCCCAGAAGCACCUCAGGAGGAGGCUUCUCUCAGCAAUAGGCUCAAGACGUAUGCCAACUUCCCAGAAGCACCUCAGGAGGAGGCUUCUCUCAGCAAUAGACUCAAGACGUAUGCCAACUUCCCAGAAGCACCUCAGGAGGAGGCUUCUCUCAGCAAUAGGCUCAAGACGUAUGCCAACUUCCCAGAAGCACCUCAGGAGGAGGCUUCUCUCAGCAAUAGGCUCAAGACGUAUGCCAACUUCCCAGAAGCACCUCAGGAGGAGGCUUCUCUCAGCAAUAGACUCAAGACGUAUGCCAACUUCCCAGAAGCACCUCAGGAGGAGGCUUCUCUCAGCAAUAGGCUCAAGACGUAUGCCAACUUCCCAGAAGCACCUCAGGAGGAGGCUUCUCUCAGCAAUAGACUCAAGACGUAUGCCAACUUCCCAGAAGCACCUCAGGAGGAGGCUUCUCUCAGCAAUAGGCUCAAGACGUAUGCCAACUUCCCAGAAGCACCUCAGGAGGAGGCUUCUCUCAGCAAUAGACUCAAGACGUAUGCCAACUUCCCAGAAGCACCUCAGGAGGAGGCUUCUCUCAGCAAUAGGCUCAAGACGUAUGCCAACUUCCCAGAAGCACCUCAGGAGGAGGCUUCUCUCAGCAAUAGGCUCAAGACGUAUGCCAACUUCCCAGAAGCACCUCAGGAGGAGGCUUCUCUCAGCAAUAGACUCAAGACGUAUGCCAACUUCCCAGAAGCACCUCAGGAGGAGGCUUCUCUCAGCAAUAGGCUCAAGACGUAUGCCAACUUCCCAGAAGCACCUCAGGAGGAGGCUUCUCUCAGCAAUAGACUCAAGACGUAUGCCAACUUCCCAGAAGCACCUCAGGAGGAGGCUUCUCUCAGCAAUAGGCUCAAGACGUAUGCCAACUUCCCAGAAGCACCUCAGGAGGAGGCUUCUCUCAGCAAUAGACUCAAGACGUAUGCCAACUUCCCAGAAGCACCUCAGGAGGAGGCUUCUCUCAGCAAUAGGCUCAAGACGUAUGCCAACUUCCCAGAAGCACCUCAGGAGGAGGCUUCUCUCAGCAAUAGGCUCAAGACGUAUGCCAACUUCCCAGAAGCACCUCAGGAGGAGGCUUCUCUCAGCAAUAGACUCAAGACGUAUGCCAACUUCCCAGAAGCACCUCAGGAGGAGGCUUCUCUCAGCAAUAGGCUCAAGACGUAUGCCAACUUCCCAGAAGCACCUCAGGAGGAGGCUUCUCUCAGCAAUAGGCUCAAGACGUAUGCCAACUUCCCAGAAGCACCUCAGGAGGAGGCUUCUCUCAGCAAUAGACUCAAGACGUAUGCCAACUUCCCAGAAGCACCUCAGGAGGAGGCUUCUCUCAGCAAUAGGCUCAAGACGUAUGCCAACUUCCCAGAAGCACCUCAGGAGGAGGCUUCUCUCAGCAAUAGGCUCAAGACGUAUGCCAACUUCCCAGAAGCACCUCAGGAGGAGGCUUCUCUCAGCAAUAGGCUCAAGACGUAUGCCAACUUCCCAGAAGCACCUCAGGAGGAGGCUUCUCUCAGCAAUAGGCUCAAGACGUAUGCCAACUUCCCAGAAGCACCUCAGGAGGAGGCUUCUCUCAGCAAUAGGCUCAAGACGUAUGCCAAUUUCCCAGAAGCACCUCAGGAGGAGGCUUCUCUCAGCAAUAGGCUCAAGACGUAUGCCAACUUCCCAGAAGCACCUCAGGAGGAGGCUUCUCUCAGCAAUAGGCUCAAGACGUAUGCCAACUUCCCAGAAGCACCUCAGGAGGAGGCUUCUCUCAGCAAUAGGCUCAAGACGUAUGCCAACUUCCCAGAAGCACCUCAGGAGGAGGCUUCUCUCAGCAAUAGGCUCAAGACGUAUGCCAACUUCCCAGAAGCACCUCAGGAGGAGGCUUCUCUCAGCAAUAGGCUCAAGACGUAUGCCAAUUUCCCAGAAGCACCUCAGGAGGAGGCUUCUCUCAGCAAUAGGCUCAAGACGUAUGCCAACUUCCCAGAAGCACCUCAGGAGGAGGCUUCUCUCAGCAAUAGGCUCAAGACGUAUGCCAACUUCCCAGAAGCACCUCAGGAUGAGGUUUCUCUCAGCAAUAGGCUCAAGACGUAUGCCAACUUCCCAGAAGCACCUCAGGAGGAGGCUUCUCUCAGCAAUAGGCUCAAGACGUAUGCCAACUUCCCAGAAGCACCUCAGGAGGAGGCUUCUCUCAGCAAUAGGCUCAAGACGUAUGCCAACUUCCCAGAAGCACCUCAGGAGGAGGCUUCUCUCAGCAAUAGGCUCAAGACGUAUGCCAACUUCCCAGAAGCACCUCAGGAGGAGGCUUCUCUCAGCAAUAGGCUCAAGACGUAUGCCAACUUCCCAGAAGCACCUCAGGAGGAGGCUUCUCUCAGCAAUAGGCUCAAGACGUAUGCCAACUUCCCAGAAGCACCUCAGGAGGAGGCUUCUCUCAGCAAUAGGCUCAAGACGUAUGCCAACUUCCCAGAAGCACCUCAGGAGGAGGCUUCUCUCAGCAAUAGGCUCAAGACGUAUGCCAACUUCCCAGAAGCACCUCAGGAGGAGGCUUCUCUCAGCAAUAGGCUCAAGACGUAUGCCAACUUCCCAGAAGCACCUCAGGAGGAGGCUUCUCUCAGCAAUUGGCUCAAGACGUAUGCCAACUUCCCAGAAGCACCUCAGGAGGAGGCUUCUCUCAGCAAUUGGCUCAAGACGUAUGCCAACUUCCCAGAAGCACCUCAGCAGGAGGCUUCUCUCAGCAAUAGGCUCAAGACAUAUGCCAACUUCCCAGAAGCACCUCAGGAGGAGGCUUCUCUCAGCAAUAGGCUCAAGACGUAUGCCAAUUUCCCAGAAGCACCUCAGGAGGAGGCUUCUCUCAGCAAUAGGCUCAAGACGUAUGCCAAUUUCCCAGAAGCACCUCAGGAGGAGGCUUCUCUCAGCAAUAGGCUCAAGACGUAUGCUAACUUUCCAGAAGCACCUCAGGAGGAGGCUUCUCUCAGCAAUAGGCUCAAGACGUAUGCCAACUUCCCAGAAGCACCUCAGGAGGAGGUUUCUCUCAGCAAUAGGCUCAAGACGUAUGCCAACUUCCCAGAAGCACCUCAGGAUGAGGCUUCUCUCAGCAAUAGGCUCAAGACGUAUGCCAACUUCCCAGAAGCACCUCAGCAGGAGGCUUCUCUCAGCAAUAGGCUCAAGACGUAUGCCAACUUCCCAGAAGCACCUCAGGAUGAGGCUUCUCUCAGCAAUAGGCUCAAGACGUAUGCCAACUUCCCAGAAGCACCUCAGCAGGAGGCUUCUCUCAGCAAUAGGCUCAAGACGUAUGCCAACUUCCCAGAAGCACCUCAGGAGGAGGCUUCUCUCAGCAAUAGGCUCAAGACGUAUGCCAACUUCCCAGAAGCACCUCAGGAGGAGGCUUCUCUCAGCAAUAGGCUCAAGACGUAUGCCAACUUCCCAGAAGCACCUCAGCAGGAGGCUUCUCUCAGCAAUAGGCUCAAGACGUAUGCCAACUUCCCAGAAGCACCUCAGGAGGAGGCUUCUCUCAGCAAUAGGCUCAAGACGUAUGCCAACUUCCCAGAAGCACCUCAGGAGGAGGCUUCUCUCAGCAAUAGGCUCAAGACGUAUGCCAACUUCCCAGAAGCACCUCAGGAGGAGGCUUCUCUCAGCAAUAGGCUCAAGACGUAUGCCAACUUCCCAGAAGCACCUCAGCAGGAGGCUUCUCUCAGCAAUAGGCUCAAGACGUAUGCCAACUUCCCAGAAGCACCUCAGGAGGAGGCUUCUCUCAGCAAUAGGCUCAAGACGUAUGCCAACUUCCCAGAAGCACCUCAGGAUGAGGCUUCUCUCAGCAAUAGGCUCAAGACGUAUGCCAACUUCCCAGAAGCACCUCAGCAGGAGGCUUCUCUCAGCAAUAGGCUCAAGACGUAUGCCAACUUCCCAGAAGCACCUCAGGAGGAGGCUUCUCUCAGCAAUAGGCUCAAGACGUAUGCCAACUUCCCAGAAGCACCUCAGCAGGAGGCUUCUCUCAGCAAUAGGCUCAAGACGUAUGCCAACUUCCCAGAAGCACCUCAGGAGGAGGCUUCUCUCAGCAAUAGGCUCAAGACGUAUGCCAACUUCCCAGAAGCACCUCAGGAUGAGGCUUCUCUCAGCAAUAGGCUCAAGACGUAUGCCAACUUCCCAGAAGCACCUCAGCAGGAGGCUUCUCUCAGCAAUAGGCUCAAGACGUAUGCCAACUUCCCAGAAGCACCUCAGGAGGAGGCUUCUCUCAGCAAUAGGCUCAAGACGUAUGCCAACUUCCCAGAAGCACCUCAGGAGGAGGCUUCUCUCAGCAAUAGGCUCAAGACGUAUGCCAACUUCCCAGAAGCACCUCAGCAGGAGGCUUCUCUCAGCAAUAGGCUCAAGACGUAUGCCAACUUCCCAGAAGCACCUCAGGAGGAGGCUUCUCUCAGCAAUAGGCUCAAGACGUAUGCCAACUUCCCAGAAGCACCUCAGGAGGAGGCUUCUCUCAGCAAUAGGCUCAAGACGUAUGCCAACUUCCCAGAAGCACCUCAGGAGGAGGCUUCUCUCAGCAAUAGGCUCAAGACGUAUGCCAACUUCCCAGAAGCAUGUCAGGAGGAGGCUUCUCUCAGCAAUAGGCUCAAGACGUAUGCCAAUUUCCCAGAAGCACCUCAGGAGGAGGCUUCUCUCAGCAAUAGGCUCAAGACGUAUGCCAACUUCCCAGAAGCACCUCAGCAGGAGGCUUCUCUCAGCAAUAGGCUCAAGACGUAUGCCAACUUCCCAGAAGCACCUCAGGAGGAGGCUUCUCUCAGCAAUAGGCUCAAGACGUAUGCCAACUUCCCAGAAGCACCUCAGGAGGAGGCUUCUCUCAGCAAUAGGCUCAAGACGUAUGCCAACUUCCCAGAAGCACCUCAGGAGGAGGCUUCUCUCAGCAAUAGGCUCAAGACGUAUGCCAACUUCCCAGAAGCACCUCAGGAUGAGGUUUCUCUCAGCAAUAGGCUCAAGACGUAUGCCAACUUCCCAGAAGCACCUCAGGAGGAGGCUUCUCUCAGCAAUAGGCUCAAGACGUAUGCCAACUUCCCAGAAGCACCUCAGGAGGAGGCUUCUCUCAGCAAUAGGCUCAAGACGUAUGCCAACUUCCCAGAAGCACCUCAGGAGGAGGCUUCUCUCAGCAAUAGGCUCAAGACGUAUGCCAACUUCCCAGAAGCACCUCAGGAGGAGGCUUCUCUCAGCAAUAGGCUCAAGACGUAUGCCAACUUCCCAGAAGCACCUCAGGAGGAGGCUUCUCUCAGCAAUAGGCUCAAGACGUAUGCCAACUUCCCAGAAGCACCUCAGGAGGAGGCUUCUCUCAGCAAUAGGCUCAAGACGUAUGCCAACUUCCCAGAAGCACCUCAGGAGGAGGCUUCUCUCAGCAAUAGGCUCAAGACGUAUGCCAACUUCCCAGAAGCACCUCAGGAGGAGGCUUCUCUCAGCAAUAGGCUCAAGACGUAUGCCAACUUCCCAGAAGCACCUCAGGAGGAGGCUUCUCUCAGCAAUUGGCUCAAGACGUAUGCCAACUUCCCAGAAGCACCUCAGCAGGAGGCUUCUCUCAGCAAUAGGCUCAAGACAUAUGCCAACUUCCCAGAAGCACCUCAGGAGGAGGCUUCUCUCAGCAAUAGGCUCAAGACGUAUGCCAACUUCCCAGAAGCACCUCAGCAGGAGGCUUCUCUCAGCAAUAGGCUCAAGACGUAUGCCAACUUCCCAGAAGCACCUCAGCAGGAGGCUUCUCUCAGCAAUAGGCUCAAGACAUAUGCCAACUUCCCAGAAGCACCUCAGGAGGAGGCUUCUCUCAGCAAUAGGCUCAAGACGUAUGCCAACUUCCCAGAAGCACCUCAGCAGGAGGCUUCUCUCAGCAAUAGGCUCAAGACGUAUGCCAAUUUCCCAGAAGCACCUCAGGAGGAGGCUUCUCUCAGCAAUAGGCUCAAGACGUAUGCCAACUUCCCAGAAGCACCUCAGGAGGAGGCUUCUCUCAGCAAUUGGCUCAAGACGUAUGCCAACUUCCCAGAAGCACCUCAGCAGGAGGCUUCUCUCAGCAAUAGGCUCAAGACAUAUGCCAACUUCCCAGAAGCACCUCAGGAGGAGGCUUCUCUCAGCAAUAGGCUCAAGACGUAUGCCAACUUCCCAGAAGCACCUCAGCAGGAGGCUUCUCUCAGCAAUAGGCUCAAGACGUAUGCCAAUUUCCCAGAAGCACCUCAGGAGGAGGCUUCUCUCAGCAAUAGGCUCAAGACGUAUGCCAACUUCCCAGAAGCACCUCAGCAGGAGGCUUCUCUCAGCAAUAGGCUCAAGACAUAUGCCAACUUCCCAGAAGCACCUCAGGAGGAGGCUUCUCUCAGCAAUAGGCUCAAGACGUAUGCCAACUUCCCAGAAGCACCUCAGCAGGAGGCUUCUCUCAGCAAUAGGCUCAAGACGUAUGCCAAUUUCCCAGAAGCACCUCAGGAGGAGGCUUCUCUCAGCAAUAGGCUCAAGACGUAUGCCAACUUCCCAGAAGCACCUCAGCAGGAGGCUUCUCUCAGCAAUAGGCUCAAGACGUAUGCCAACUUCCCAGAAGCACCUCAGCAGGAGGCUUCUCUCAGCAAUAGGCUCAAGACGUAUGCCAAUUUCCCAGAAGCACCUCAGGAGGAGGCUUCUCUCAGCAAUAGGCUCAAGACGUAUGCCAACUUCCCAGAAGCACCUCAGCAGGAGGCUUCUCUCAGCAAUAGGCUCAAGACGUAUGCCAACUUCCCAGAAGCACCUCAGGAGGAGGCUUCUCUCAGCAAUAGGCUCAAGACGUAUGCCAACUUCCCAGAAGCACCUCAGGAGGAGGCUUCUCUCAGCAAUAGGCUCAAGACGUAUGCCAACUUCCCAGAAGCACCUCAGGAGGAGGCUUCUCUCAGCAAUAGGCUCAAGACGUAUGCCAACUUCCCAGAAGCACCUAAGGAGGAGGCUUCUCUCAGCAAUAGGCUCAAGACGUAUGCCAACUUCCCAGAAGCACCUCAGGAGGAGGCUUCUCUCAGCAAUAGGCUCAAGACGUAUGCCAACUUCCCAGAAGCACCUCAGGAGGAGGCUUCUCUCAGCAAUUGGCUCAAGACGUAUGCCAACUUCCCAGAAGCACCUCAGGAGGAGGCUUCUCUCAGCAAUAGGCUCAAGACGUAUGCCAACUUCCCAGAAGCACCUCAGCAGGAGGCUUCUCUCAGCAAUAGGCUCAAGACGUAUGCCAACUUCCCAGAAGCACCUCAGGAGGAGGCUUCUCUCAGCAAUAGGCUCAAGACGUAUGCCAACUUCCCAGAAGCACCUCAGGAGGAGGCUUCUCUCAGCAAUAGGCUCAAGACGUAUGCCAACUUCCCAGAAGCACCUCAGGAGGAGGCUUCUCUCAGCAAUAGGCUCAAGACGUAUGCCAACUUCCCAGAAGCACCUCAGGAGGAGGCUUCUCUCAGCAAUAGGCUCAAGACGUAUGCCAACUUCCCAGAAGCACCUCAGGAGGAGGCUUCUCUCAGCAAUAGGCUCAAGACGUAUGCCAACUUCCCAGAAGCACCUCAGGAGGAGGCUUCUCUCAGCAAUAGGCUCAAGACGUAUGCCAACUUCCCAGAAGCACCUCAGGAGGAGGCUUCUCUCAGCAAUAGGCUCAAGACGUAUGCCAACUUCCCAGAAGCAUGUCAGGAGGAGGCUUCUCUCAGCAAUAGGCUCAAGACGUAUGCCAAUUUCCCAGAAGCACCUCAGGAGGAGGCUUCUCUCAGCAAUAGGCUCAAGACGUAUGCCAACUUCCCAGAAGCACCUCAGCAGGAGGCUUCUCUCAGCAAUAGGCUCAAGACGUAUGCCAACUUCCCAGAAGCACCUCAGGAGGAGGCUUCUCUCAGCAAUAGGCUCAAGACGUAUGCCAACUUCCCAGAAGCACCUCAGGAGGAGGCUUCUCUCAGCAAUAGGCUCAAGACGUAUGCCAACUUCCCAGAAGCACCUCAGGAGGAGGCUUCUCUCAGCAAUAGGCUCAAGACGUAUGCCAACUUCCCAGAAGCACCUCAGGAUGAGGUUUCUCUCAGCAAUAGGCUCAAGACGUAUGCCAACUUCCCAGAAGCACCUCAGGAGGAGGCUUCUCUCAGCAAUAGGCUCAAGACGUAUGCCAACUUCCCAGAAGCACCUCAGGAGGAGGCUUCUCUCAGCAAUAGGCUCAAGACGUAUGCCAACUUCCCAGAAGCACCUCAGGAGGAGGCUUCUCUCAGCAAUAGGCUCAAGACGUAUGCCAACUUCCCAGAAGCACCUCAGGAGGAGGCUUCUCUCAGCAAUAGGCUCAAGACGUAUGCCAACUUCCCAGAAGCACCUCAGGAGGAGGCUUCUCUCAGCAAUAGGCUCAAGACGUAUGCCAACUUCCCAGAAGCACCUCAGGAGGAGGCUUCUCUCAGCAAUAGGCUCAAGACGUAUGCCAACUUCCCAGAAGCACCUCAGGAGGAGGCUUCUCUCAGCAAUAGGCUCAAGACGUAUGCCAACUUCCCAGAAGCACCUCAGGAGGAGGCUUCUCUCAGCAAUAGGCUCAAGACGUAUGCCAACUUCCCAGAAGCACCUCAGGAGGAGGCUUCUCUCAGCAAUUGGCUCAAGACGUAUGCCAACUUCCCAGAAGCACCUCAGCAGGAGGCUUCUCUCAGCAAUAGGCUCAAGACAUAUGCCAACUUCCCAGAAGCACCUCAGGAGGAGGCUUCUCUCAGCAAUAGGCUCAAGACGUAUGCCAACUUCCCAGAAGCACCUCAGCAGGAGGCUUCUCUCAGCAAUAGGCUCAAGACGUAUGCCAACUUCCCAGAAGCACCUCAGCAGGAGGCUUCUCUCAGCAAUAGGCUCAAGACAUAUGCCAACUUCCCAGAAGCACCUCAGGAGGAGGCUUCUCUCAGCAAUAGGCUCAAGACGUAUGCCAACUUCCCAGAAGCACCUCAGCAGGAGGCUUCUCUCAGCAAUAGGCUCAAGACGUAUGCCAAUUUCCCAGAAGCACCUCAGGAGGAGGCUUCUCUCAGCAAUAGGCUCAAGACGUAUGCCAACUUCCCAGAAGCACCUCAGGAGGAGGCUUCUCUCAGCAAUUGGCUCAAGACGUAUGCCAACUUCCCAGAAGCACCUCAGCAGGAGGCUUCUCUCAGCAAUAGGCUCAAGACAUAUGCCAACUUCCCAGAAGCACCUCAGGAGGAGGCUUCUCUCAGCAAUAGGCUCAAGACGUAUGCCAACUUCCCAGAAGCACCUCAGCAGGAGGCUUCUCUCAGCAAUAGGCUCAAGACGUAUGCCAAUUUCCCAGAAGCACCUCAGGAGGAGGCUUCUCUCAGCAAUAGGCUCAAGACGUAUGCCAACUUCCCAGAAGCACCUCAGCAGGAGGCUUCUCUCAGCAAUAGGCUCAAGACGUAUGCCAACUUCCCAGAAGCACCUCAGGAGGAGGCUUCUCUCAGCAAUUGGCUCAAGACGUAUGCCAACUUCCCAGAAGCACCUCAGCAGGAGGCUUCUCUCAGCAAUAGGCUCAAGACAUAUGCCAACUUCCCAGAAGCACCUCAGGAGGAGGCUUCUCUCAGCAAUAGGCUCAAGACGUAUGCCAACUUCCCAGAAGCACCUCAGCAGGAGGCUUCUCUCAGCAAUAGGCUCAAGACGUAUGCCAAUUUCCCAGAAGCACCUCAGGAGGAGGCUUCUCUCAGCAAUAGGCUCAAGACGUAUGCCAACUUCCCAGAAGCACCUCAGCAGGAGGCUUCUCUCAGCAAUAGGCUCAAGACAUAUGCCAACUUCCCAGAAGCACCUCAGGAGGAGGCUUCUCUCAGCAAUAGGCUCAAGACGUAUGCCAACUUCCCAGAAGCACCUCAGCAGGAGGCUUCUCUCAGCAAUAGGCUCAAGACGUAUGCCAAUUUCCCAGAAGCACCUCAGGAGGAGGCUUCUCUCAGCAAUAGGCUCAAGACAUAUGCCAACUUCCCAGAAGCACCUCAGGAGGAGGCUUCUCUCAGCAAUAGGCUCAAGACGUAUGCCAACUUCCCAGAAGCACCUCAGCAGGAGGCUUCUCUCAGCAAUAGGCUCAAGACGUAUGCCAAUUUCCCAGAAGCACCUCAGGAGGAGGCUUCUCUCAGCAAUAGGCUCAAGACGUAUGCCAACUUCCCAGAAGCACCUCAGCAGGAGGCUUCUCUCAGCAAUAGGCUCAAGACAUAUGCCAACUUCCCAGAAGCACCUCAGGAGGAGGCUUCUCUCAGCAAUAGGCUCAAGACGUAUGCCAACUUCCCAGAAGCACCUCAGCAGGAGGCUUCUCUCAGCAAUAGGCUCAAGACGUAUGCCAAUUUCCCAGAAGCACCUCAGGAGGAGGCUUCUCUCAGCAAUAGGCUCAAGACGUAUGCCAACUUCCCAGAAGCACCUCAGCAGGAGGCUUCUCUCAGCAAUAGGCUCAAGACGUAUGCCAACUUCCCAGAAGCACCUCAGGAGGAGGCUUCUCUCAGCAAUAGGCUCAAGACGUAUGCCAACUUCCCAGAAGCACCUCAGGAGGAGGCUUCUCUCAGCAAUAGGCUCAAGACGUAUGCCAACUUCCCAGAAGCACCUCAGGAGGAGGCUUCUCUCAGCAAUAGGCUCAAGACGUAUGCCAACUUCCCAGAAGCACCUAAGGAGGAGGCUUCUCUCAGCAAUAGGCUCAAGACGUAUGCCAACUUCCCAGAAGCACCUCAGGAGGAGGCUUCUCUCAGCAAUAGGCUCAAGACGUAUGCCAACUUCCCAGAAGCACCUCAGGAGGAGGCUUCUCUCAGCAAUUGGCUCAAGACGUAUGCCAACUUCCCAGAAGCACCUCAGGAGGAGGCUUCUCUCAGCAAUAGGCUCAAGACGUAUGCCAACUUCCCAGAAGCACCUCAGCAGGAGGCUUCUCUCAGCAAUAGGCUCAAGACGUAUGCCAACUUCCCAGAAGCACCUCAGGAGGAGGCUUCUCUCAGCAAUAGGCUCAAGACGUAUGCCAACUUCCCAGAAGCACCUCAGGAGGAGGCUUCUCUCAGCAAUAGGCUCAAGACGUAUGCCAACUUCCCAGAAGCACCUCAGGAGGAGGCUUCUCUCAGCAAUAGGCUCAAGACGUAUGCCAACUUCCCAGAAGCACCUCAGGAGGAGGCUUCUCUCAGCAAUAGGCUCAAGACGUAUGCCAACUUCCCAGAAGCACCUCAGGAGGAGGCUUCUCUCAGCAAUAGGCUCAAGACGUAUGCCAACUUCCCAGAAGCACCUCAGGAGGAGGCUUCUCUCAGCAAUAGGCUCAAGACGUAUGCCAACUUCCCAGAAGCACCUCAGGAGGAGGCUUCUCUCAGCAAUAGGCUCAAGACGUAUGCCAACUUCCCAGAAGCACCUCAGGAGGAGGCUUCUCUCAGCAAUAGGCUCAAGACGUAUGCCAACUUCCCAGAAGCACCUCAGGAGGAGGCUUCUCUCAGCAAUAGGCUCAAGACGUAUGCCAACUUCCCAGAAGCACCUCAGGAGGAGGCUUCUCUCAGCAAUAGGCUCAAGACGUAUGCCAACUUCCCAGAAGCACCUCAGGAGGAGGCUUCUCUCAGCAAUAGGCUCAAGACGUAUGCCAACUUCCCAGAAGCACCUCAGGAGGAGGCUUCUCUCAGCAAUAGGCUCAAGACGUAUGCCAACUUCCCAGAAGCACCUCAGGAGGAGGCUUCUCUCAGCAAUAGGCUCAAGACGUAUGCCAACUUCCCAGAAGCACCUCAGGAGGAGGCUUCUCUCAGCAAUAGGCUCAAGACGUAUGCCAACUUCCCAGAAGCACCUCAGGAGGAGGUUUCUCUCAGCAAUAGGCUCAAGACGUAUGCCAACUUCCCAGAAGCACCUCAGGAGGAGGCUUCUCUCAGCAAUAGGCUCAAGACGUAUGCCAACUUCCCAGAAGCACCUCAGGAGGAGGCUUCUCUCAGCAAUAGGCUCAAGACGUAUGCCAACUUCCCAGAAGCACCUCAGGAGGAGGUUUCUCUCAGCAAUAGGCUCAAGACGUAUGCCAACUUCCCAGAAGCACCUCAGGAGGAGGCUUCUCUCAGCAAUAGGCUCAAGACGUAUGCCAACUUCCCAGAAGCACCUCAGGAGGAGGCUUCUCUCAGCAGUAGGCUCAAGACGUAUGCCAACUUCCCAGAAGCACCUCAGGAGGAGGCUUCUCUCAGCAAUAGGCUCAAGACGUAUGCCAACUUCCCAGAAGCACCUCAGGAGGAGGCUUCUCUCAGCAGUAGGCUCAAGACGUAUGCCAACUUCCCAGAAGCACCUCAGGAGGAGGCUUCUCUCAGCAAUAGGCUCAAGACGUAUGCCAACUUCCCAGAAGCACCUCAGGAGGAGGCUUCUCUCAGCAAUAGGCUCAAGACGUAUGCCAACUUCCCAGAAGCACCUCAGGAGGAGGCUUCUCUCAGCAGUAGGCUCAAGACGUAUGCCAACUUCCCAGAAGCACCUCAGGAGGAGGCUUCUCUCAGCAAUAGGCUCAAGACGUAUGCCAACUUCCCAGAAGCACCUCAGGAGGAGGCUUCUCUCAGCAGUAGGCUCAAGACGUAUGCCAACUUCCCAGAAGCACCUCAGGAGGAGGCUUCUCUCAGCAAUAGGCUCAAGACGUAUGCCAACUUCCCAGAAGCACCUCAGGAGGAGGCUUCUCUCAGCAGUAGGCUCAAGACGUAUGCCAACUUCCCAGAAGCACCUCAGGAGGAGGCUUCUCUCAGCAAUAGGCUCAAGACGUAUGCCAACUUCCCAGAAGCACCUCCGGAGGAGGCUUCUCUCAGCAAUAGGCUCAAGACGUAUGCCAACUUCCCAGAAGCACCUCAGGAGGAGGCUUCUCUCAGCAGUAGGCUCAAGACGUAUGCCAACCUCCCAGAAGCACCUCAGGAGGAGGCUUCUCUCAGCAAUAGGCUCAAGACGUAUGCCAACUUCCCAGAAGCACCUCAGGAGGAGGCUUCUCUCAGCAAUAGGCUCAAGACGUAUGCCAACUUCCCAGAAGCACCUCAGGAGGAGGCUUCUCUCAGCAAUAGGCUCAAGACGUAUGCCAACUUCCCAGAAGCACCUCAGGAGGAGGCUUCUCUCAGCAAUAGGCUCAAGACGUAUGCCAACUUCCCAGAAGCACCUCAGGAGGAGGCUUCUCUCAGCAAUAGGAUCAAGACGUCUGCCAACUUCCCAGAAGCACCUCAGGAGGAGGCUUCUCUCAGCAAUAGGCUCAAGACGUAUGCCAACUUCCCAGAAGCACCUCCGGAGGAGGCUUCUCUCAGCAAUAGGCUCAAGACGUAUGCCAACUUCCCAGAAGCACCUCAGGAGGAGGCUUCCCUCAGCAAUAGGCUCAAGACGUAUGCCAACUUCCCAGAAGCACCUCAGGAGGAGGCUUCUCUCAGCAAUAGGCUCAAGACGUAUGCCAACUUCCCAGAAGCACCUCAGGAGGAGGCUUCUCUCAGCAAUAGGCUCAAGACGUAUGCCAACUUCCCAGAAGCACCUCAGGAGGAGGCUUCUCUCAGCAAUAGGCUCAAGACGUAUGCCAACUUCCCAGAAGCACCUCAGGAGGAGGCUUCUCUCAGCAAUAGGCUCAAGACGUAUGCCAACUUCCCAGAAGCACCUCAGGAGGAGGCUUCUCUCAGCAAUAGGCUCAAGACGUAUGCCAACUUCCCAGAAGCACCUCAGGAGGAGGCUUCUCUCAGCAAUAGGCUCAAGACGUAUGCCAACUUCCCAGAAGCACCUCAGGAGGAGGCUUCUCUCAGCAAUAGGCUCAAGACGUAUGCCAACUUCCCAGAAGCACCUCAGGAGGAGGCUUCUCUCAGCAAUAGGCUCAAGACGUAUGCCAACUUCCCAGAAGCACCUCCGGAGGAGGCUUCUCUCAGCAAUAGGCUCAAGACGUAUGCCAACUUCCCAGAAGCACCUCAGGAGGAGGCUUCCCUCAGCAAUAGGCUCAAGACGUAUGCCAACUUCCCAGAAGCACCUAAGGAGGAGGCUUCUCUCAGCAAUAGGCUCAAGACGUAUGCCAACUUCCCAGAAGCACCUCAGGAGGCUUCUCUCAGCAAUAGGCUCAAGACGUAUGCCAACUUCCCAGAAGCACCUCAGGAGGAGGCUUCUCUCAGCAAUAGGCUCAAGACGUAUGCCAACUUCCCAGAAGCACCUCAGGAGGAGGCUUCUCUCAGCAAUAGGCUCAAGACGUAUGCCAACUUCCCAGAAGCACCUCAGGAGGAGGCUUCUCUCAGCAAUAGGCUCAAGACGUAUGCCAACUUCCCAGAAUCACCUCAGGAGGAGGCUUCUCUCAGUAAUAGGCUCAAGACGUAUGCCAACUUCCCAGAAGCACCUCCGGAGGAGGCUUCUCUCAGCAAUAGGCUCAAGACGUAUGCCAACUUCCCAGAAGCACCUCAGGAGGAGGCUUCUCUCAGCAGUAGGCUCAAGACGUAUGCCAACUUCCCAGAAGCACCUCAGGAGGAGGCUUCUCUCAGCAAUAGGCUCAAGACGUAUGCCAACUUCCCAGAAGCACCUCAGGAGGAGGCUUCUCUCAGCAGUAGGCUCAAGACGUAUGCCAACUUCCCAGAAGCACCUCAGGAGGAGGCUUCUCUCAGCAAUAGGCUCAAGACGUAUGCCAACUUCCCAGAAGCACCUCCGGAGGAGGCUUCUCUCAGCAAUAGGCUCAAGACGUAUGCCAACUUCCCAGAAGCACCUCCGGAGGAGGCUUCUCUCAGCAAUAGGCUCAAGACGUAUGCCAACUUCCCAGAAGCACCUCCGGAGGAGGCUUCUCUCAGCAAUAGGCUCAAGACGUAUGCCAACUUCCCAGAAGCACCUCAGGAGGAGGCUUCUCUCAGCAGUAGGCUCAAGACGUAUGCCAACCUCCCAGAAGCACCUCAGGAGGAGGCUUCUCUCAGCAAUAGGCUCAAGACGUAUGCCAACUUCCCAGAAGCACCUCAGGAGGAGGCUUCUCUCAGCAAUAGGCUCAAGACGUAUGCCAACUUCCCAGAAGCACCUCAGGAGGAGGCUUCUCUCAGCAAUAGGCUCAAGACGUAUGCCAACUUCCCAGAAGCACCUCAGGAGGAGGCUUCUCUCAGCAAUAGGCUCAAGACGUAUGCCAACUUCCCAGAAGCACCUCAGGAGGAGGCUUCUCUCAGCAAUAGGCUCAAGAAGUAUGCCAACUUCCCAGAAGCACCUCAGGAGGAGGCUUCUCUCAGCAAUAGGCUCAAGACGUAUGCCAACUUCCCAGAAGCACCUCAGGAGGAGGCUUCUCUCAGCAAUAGGUUCAAGACGUAUGCCAACUUCCCAGAAGCACCUCCGGAGGAGGCUUCUCUCAGCAAUAGGCAACUCCAGAGAUGCCCCGAGAACACUGUCCCAAGUCUAGAGGAACACCAACUUCAGCACAGCAACUCGAGGAAUGCUCCGUGUACCACAAAUCGUCUCGAGAUGCGAGCUGAUUCCCUGGCUUAG